UUAGUGCAGGUUUUGGGUGUUUACCAACAAAAAAGAAAAGAAGAAUAAGGUUUUGGGGUAAGGCAACAAGCUUGAAGACCCACCAACCAACUAUGGCAAACGCUUCGGUUGUUCCAUCGGCAUACCUUCAAGGCCUCACUCCUGCUGUGCCUGAAUGGCUAAACAAGGGUGACAAUGCAUGGCAGAUGAUAUCUGGAGCACUAGUUUGCAUGCAAGGCAUGCCUGGGCUAGUGAUCAUCUAUGCAGGUCUAGUAAAGAAGAAAUGGGCUCUAAACUCAGCUUUCAUGGCUCUAUUUGCCUUUGCAGCUGUAAUGCCUUGUUGGGUAUUAUGGGCUUACAACAUGUCAUUUGGUGAAAAGUUCCUUCCAUUUUGGGGCAAAGCUGGGCUUGCUGUUUCUGAAGACUUUUUGAUCUCGCAAACCAUCUUACCCUCUACACAGUACAAAUAUAUAACUUCAGCAGCUGCACCCUUGUUCCCCAUGGCUACUAUGGUUUUCUUUCAAUAUCCCUUUGCAGCUGAGACUGUGAUACUGCUUUGUGGGUCUGUUCUGGGUCGAAUGAGCUUCAGAGCUUGGAUGGCCUUUGUACCACUGUGGCUCACUUUCUCUUACACUGUUAGCGCAUUCAGUGUUUGGGGUGGUGGCUUCCUCUUCCAGUGGGGUGUCAUGGAUUAUUCAGGUGGUUAUGUUGUCCAUGUAGCCUCUGGGGCAGCAGGAUACACAGCAGCUUAUUGGGUUGGACCAAGAUCGAAGGAGGACAGAGAAGAAUUCCCACCUAACAAUCUAUUACUAGCACUUACAGGGGCAGGAAUUCUUUGGGGGGGAUGGACUGGUUUCAAUGGUGGAGAUCCUUUUGCUGCUAACGUAGAUUCCUCCAUGGCUGUUAUCAACACUCACAUUUGUACAGCCACUAGUCUCUUGGUAUGGACAUACUUGGAUGUGAUAUACUUCAAGAAACCCUCUGUGAUUGGAGCUAUCCAGGGGAUGAUGACUGGGUUGGUCUGUAUAACUCCUGGUGCAGGUCUUGUUCAGGGCUGGGCUGCACUGGUAAUGGGUAUAGCUUCUGGGACUAUUCCAUGGUACACAAUGAUGGUUUUGAGCAAGAAGCUGUCAUUGCUGCAGAAGGUUGAUGACACCCUUGAGAUCUUUCAAACUCAUGCAGUUGCAGGAACCUUGGGUGGAGCUCUCACCGGACUCUUUGCUCACCCAUACCUCUGUAGCAUGUUCCUAACUGUCCCCAAUUCAAAAGGCUCUUUCUAUGGUGAUGAUGGGGGAGUUCAAUUUUGGAAGCAGUUGGUGGGGGCAGCUUUUAUAAUAGGUUGGAAUGUAGUAGCUACGUCCAUCAUACUUAAUGUCAUUAAACUUCUAAUACCCCUUCGGAUGACUGACGAAGAUAUCAAGAUUGGGGAUGAUGCAGUUCAUGGAGAAGAAGCUUAUGCUCUUCAAGGGCAAGGACGAAGGGACCGAACUAUUCAAAAUGGUAGUUGUACUGUCCUGAUUGAAUAACACUGAUUCUA